AUGCUCGCUCUGACUGUGUGCCCCAUGUUCGUGAAAGCCGGGAAACGCCUUCAGGCAACAGAAGAUUUCGCGAGAUGCUUCGCGGCGACGGGGCGAGAGCAUUUUGUCCCGAAUAAUUCUGUCAUCCACAGUCUCGAGAUAUGUCACGGCCCAGACGGUCGCGCUGGCGACCAGACCUCCGACACAUCGGCACCCGCCAGGCUCGCACGCCCGGUUACGUGGCACCGCACGUCCACGCGUCGGCCGUUCGACACCACAGCUGGAGAGUUCCGCCGGACGUGUCAAGUCGCCGUCACCUCGGCUCGAAAGCCCCACGAGUUCUCGGGCCCAUAUAAAUUCCGAGCUCAGAGGCAAGUCUCGAUAACAGUGAAAUCACGACAAGCCGCCGACAUUUCAUCUCUUGCAAUUCCACCACUGAUCGAGUAAUUCUCGCCCACUGUCUUUGUUUCUUCAAUCGUCCUUCCUCCCGCAGCUACCAGAUAGUCGAAGAUGAAUCCCUUGACCCGGCUGAGAAUCAGUCUGCGCAGAAUGGUGCACAAGGGCGAAAGGGUUGCAACUACUGCAACCCACCCCACAAGAGCUCAUCACCAUAGCACUACGACCGGGACAGGCCGCUGGAGCCGGAAGCUGAAGCGAGCCAUGUUCUGGAGGAGAAGGUCCCAUGCGACGGUGGCCAUCUAGACUGCAGAGAUUGCAGGGCAUGGUUGUGAAUCGCAGAAAUUAUAGAAGGCCACAGCAGCGGAGAUGGUGCGGUCAGAGAUACAGAGCGGAGCUGUCAAUUGAUUGAACUCUCUGCACCGGGUCUGGAUUUGAUUUUCUGGAUCACUCGGCUCAGCUGAACUGCAGCGGUUUGGCUUUGUAUAUACGAAUGGCUUUUUAUGCCGAGUGUUGUUUUGUAUAUAAUUUCUUCCGCAGAGGACUGUAAGCUGCUGUUCGCCUAUCUCAGGACCUGAUUGUGGUAUUCUCUUAGCAUUAGUUCAUGCGACCCCGUAAGUCGCAUUGUGAUCAGCGCAGUCUUGAACGAAUGUCGAAAGCUUCUGUACAUCGCCAGGAUCGAAUGUUUCAACGACUGUCCUACAAUUUAAAGGAUGGGACCGUAGGCUAGUGAGAUAAAAUAUCAGUCUUGAGUAUUGUCUUCGCAAUUGAAACCUCUUAUCAAUGGAAAACGAGAUUUGUGUGGCAAAUUGCAGUGUAAACUUUCUUUUUCUUACUUUUUGUGUCGAAAGUUCUGCAGUAAUCAAGAAUAUAUAUUGAUUCUUGUCGCGAUAUAUCUUAGUUCCUAGAUUUCAACUCAAAUAUUGAUCUUCCAUCUCUGUCAAACCUGCAUUCUUCAGAUGUGAAUUAUAGUCUUGUAAGAAAAACAAUACUUCUACAUAGAUUUUAAAAUGUUUACGUUUGAUGGGUCUGUAACAAAUUAUCCCUUGAUGGAAUGUAAAGGAGAAGACCUUGUCAGUAAAGCAAACUUAUGUAUCUUUUACGUUUAUAAGU